AUGGCUCGCCAAAAUUUCUUGGGGCUAGUUGUGUCCCAGGGCAAAAUGCAAAAGACCGUGAAAGUUCGUGUAGAGACUAAAGUAUUCAACAAGCGUAUUAAUAAGGAAUUAUUUCACCGUAAGGACUACCUAGUGCAUGAUGAGGGAGAAAUAUCGCGCGAGGGAGAUUUGGUUCGUAUUGAAGCUACCAGACCUUUAUCUAAGUGUAAGUUCUUUGCAAUCGCGGAGAUUAUCAAAAACAAAGGUCAACAGUUUGCUUUAUAUGAGUCCCAGGCCAGAAUAAAUGUUGCCAAGGAGGAAGCUGCCAAAACUCAGGAAUUUAUACACCGAAGAGUCCAUAGAGCUACAAAUGGGAGCAGUAUUCUCCUACGAGAUAUACGUAUGAUCCAGGAGGCGUUGUCGAAGGGGGAGUCUGUGGAGAGUUUAUCUGAUAUAAAGAAUCGUUAUGGAAUUGAAGAGUUUUCUCCAGAAACGGUAAAACAGUUGUUACAGCUAGAUCUGUCGAGCUUGGAAACCAACGUUGCAGAACAACGUGAAAAAAUCAACAGAAUACAGGAAAGAGUUGAUGAAUUAACGGGUGAUAAUGAUUUGGCUCUUGACUUUUUGAGAAGCCACGGUGUAGAACAACCGGAGUUGUUGAAGAAAAACAUUAGAAGAAAUAUUCUGAGAAAGCAUGUUUUGGUAGAGUUACAGAAUAAUGCAACCACGAGUACUUAA